AUGGGAGCAGCAGCUCCAGUUCGAUCUGCUCGCCCACCUUCCCAAUCUCCAGACCUAGGCACGCCAUCGAUGGCAGCCAAGGUGCUCCAGCUCCGCAGCGCCGAUGGCAAGGUGCUCGUCGCUCCGGCGUGGGACUAUCGCCCGGCCGCCGCCCAAGCCCGCCCGCUGGAGAUGCGGGUGUCCUCGCGCGCCCUCGAGAGGGUGCUCCAGUACUGGACCAAGCACAGCCUGGCCAAGGCCACCGGUGAGUCCCGGGAGUCCCUCGCUCGCUGGGACGCCGACUUCCAGCGCCGUCUCGAGGAAGACGGCCUCGCCAAGGAGGCCGCCGCAGCCGCCCAAGAACUCCGCCGCUACGGCGUCGACCAUGGAGGGCGUCCCAGUCGCCACGCCGCCACGGCCGCAUCUGUCGCUGCUCCUGCCAAGGCGGCCCGUGGUGAUCCCGUCCGUGUCUGGUGUGUCAACCACGAAGAACGCAGCCAUGCGCCGGCGAUGCCCGGCUCCGUCGUUGCCUCUGAUAUUGCCUCCGCCGCGCGCCCUGGGCCUGCCACCACCUUGCCGGCUGCUGCUGGUGCUGACCCCGUGGAUGUCCGGUGCGCCAUCCGUGCCCGUGGACGCCAGAUGGCUGAAGACGAGGAGUCCGCUUGCCACCACCGCAAGCGCCCGGCUUCCAAGGCUCCACUCUGCCUGCCUGCUACUGCUGUUGCGCCCGUGAAGAAGGUCUCUCGUCCCGUCGCUUCCAAGGCUCGCUCUUUCGUCGGCUCAACACCAUUGCCAGUCACUGCUGCUGUGCCCAGUGUGAAGAAGGCGACUCCAGCUUCAACUCUACGCGCAAGAAGGGGGAUGGGGGAGCUCAGCUGCAAGGUUCCGAAGCAAAACCGUGUCACCGCUGCAGCACCAAUGAAGCAACCAAUUGCUUGGCUGCGUCCAGUGGUAUUACGCCCUUGCUAG